UAUUACAUGGCAAUCUAGGAAGUGGUAGUACCGGGGCUGAAGAUGAACGAGGAAUCGUGUGACCCCCGGGCCCCCCAGCCUGAGCCGGUAACUUCCAGCACCGGGGCACACACACCACAACCUGCACCAGAACAAGCGAUGGAUCCGACUGCAUCAGGCGUAUUUUGUAGCAGGAUCCUUAAUAUGGUGAAUUCAGAGGAUGUUAAUGCUAUUAUCUUGGCUCAGAGGCACAUGCUUGAUAGGUUUGAGAAAACCAAUGAAAUGCUACUCAAUUUCAACGGUCUCUCCAGUGCACGUCUGCAACAAAUGAAUGAUCGGUUUGUACACCACACCAGAACCUUGGUGGAGAUGAAAAAGGACUUGGACGUUAUCUUUAGAAGAAUUAGGAUGUUAAAGGGGAAACUGGCCAAGCAAUACCCAGAAUCUUUCAACAAUGUCCAUGAAUCUCCCAUCCUUGAAGACGAUGAUGACUUUGACCCAAACCCCAAAAGCACAUCAACUACAAUUGCAACAUCAGAGCAAAACACAGAAUCAUGUGACACAAGCCCCUCUAUCAUCUCCCCCACAAUGAGUCAAGAUUUUGAGGACUUAUCCCAGGCCCCUUCCGACACACCAUCUGCUAAUGGACAAAUUCUGACAGAUGACGAAGCAGCCCAUGAGGACUAGGAAACAUGAGGGGGCCAAACCUCUAAUCCAUGGGGUGAUAGUGUUUAACCCGCUCAUUGCAAGAAUGAGUUCAUUAAAGGCAGCCUGGAAAGAGCGUUCUGCAUAAUAAUGUAAUACUGAAUCAAGUUAAGAUUCUCUAAUACUGCACUGUGUGGGGAGGUCUCACUUAUAAGACUAUGCUUGUGCUUUCCCAUUAUCCCCCAAUUGUACUGUUUUUGCAGCUGCUUGGGUUAAUGUUCCUAUGGUCUUCAGCACUUUCCAAUUUCUUCAUCUUCAUAUGGAGAAUUUUCACACGUUUUACCCCUUGUUCUUCCGCUGUAUUCUUUGUUCCCUUGUUAUACGUUGUUCUUAUGUAAGUUUAUGGAAAUGUUUAGUUUGAAAUCACCUGUUUAUGUCUUUUUGAAAAGUGUGAAUUUGCUAUAAGAGCUUAAAAGAGGACAAGCCAAGUCUGGUUUGUAUCAGGAUUGGGAGUACAUUUGGUUAUACAACUGAAUAAAAUAGGAAUCUUUCUAACACAUUAGAUGUGGGAACACAUCAAGGCACUUAAAUAUAAAGGCUUAAAAUGAAAA